UACAAAGCCAUCUUUCUCGGGGGACUGCGUAGGUAAUAGUGCGCUAGUAUUUCCAUAACCCACCAUGGACCCCAUCCUCCUCCUCCCAACCCUCCUCUUCACAGCCCCACCCCUGGCGCUCCUCCUCGGCCUCAUCCUCGGCAGCAUUUACUAUCUCCAGAAAGCACACCUCUACCACCGCAACAAAGCCCGCAUCCAACAACGUCGCGAAGAUCAUAUCCGAAGUGAAAUAGAACUCGACGUCCGCAACGUAGUCCCAAAGCCUAAGCCUGCUGCGCAGGCUCCUGCUUCGAGGGAUUCGGCAAGGAGCAGGACGAGUCUGAAUCCGCUUAUUAUGCUGCAGGAGGCGAGGAGGGAGUUGCGGAGGAAGAGGAAGGGGAAGCAGGCUGUUAGAGUAAGGGUAGAGGGGGAAGGGGAAGGGGAGGAUCCGCUUGUGGACCGGGAGACGGUGGCGGCGGAGGAAGAGCGGAGACGAGGCGAGGAAGUGAGGCCGAUGACAUUAUGGAAUUCGCAUGGAUGGGGAUGGCAGGAAGAGGCCAUGCCUUCGAAUUCGAGGUCUCCGGACGUGCUUUGGGAUGCGGAUGACGAGGAAUUGGGGCCAAGGCUUGGAAACGGAGCGUUGCUGGCAUCGCUUUUGGAGUGGUCGAAAGGAGCGUUGGAUUAG